AUGAUCCUCGAUAUUCAUAUCCCCUCCGACUGCGAGAGACGCGCACAUAUACGACAGUUUGACGGUAACCAGGACUUAAUGGCCACAUGCAGAGCACGACCUCGGAAGCAUCAUCACGAAUCCAUACGACGUCUGAAAAUCACCUUCGACUGCCUCACGUCCAUCCUGUCCGUCAUUUCCCUCAUACCAGUAGCCCAAGCGGCGGCCCCAAACAACGCGCUCCAGCUAUUCCCACUCCUUCAAGCCUUCCAGUGUCAGGAUCUAUUCAUUUCCUGGCAAGGCGGGAUCCCAGACUAUGGCCUUACGGUCAUCAGCGACCACGUAGAGGAGUUUUCAGGCAUAUCUGGGACGACAUUCCAGUGGCUGGUGGAUGCUCCCUUGGGUACCACCGCGACCAUAUCGCUUAAGGACAGCACUGGCUCUAGUACCGACAGUCCGCUAUUUCAAGUAGUUGACGGCCCUGGUUCCAGCAACAGUUGCUUGCCGCUCUCGUCUCCGACCACUUCUAGCUCUACCUCCACUUUCCCCUCUGCUUCGUCUCCGUUGAUCACUGUGACUGUGGUAGAGAGCACUCCUACCUUGCUCUCCGGUGGACCUUCGCAUCCCUCGCUUCCCGCUGGUGCGAUCGCCGACAUCGCGUUGGAGGCUGCACUAUUGUCGCUUGCUAUUGUCGGGCUGCUGAUCGCAUUCAUACUUCAUUGGAAGGAACGUGCGCGGGACGUAAGGGAUGGAGCUGCAGCAGACUGGCUCGAAUCUCCCCGCCCGCUCACGCCGAAUCCUUGGAGUAUGAGCCAGUCCACGGCCGCAGCGUCCAUCGCCCCCCAAGUUAGCCUAAGGCGUAUCCAGGAGUUGCGUGACGGCACCCUCAGGCGGGGUACAACCACUGGCAUGCAGAGCGUUGCUAGUCACCGCCACCAUUCAGUCGUCGACACUGGCGCCAAGUGA